AUGGCGCCAAAAUCGACACAGUCGAUUUCUCAGAUCCUUGUAUCCCAAUCUAGACGCCCACCGAAGAAAUUUCUGCCUCCCUUGGUCAACGAAAUCUACCUGAAAAUCUCAUCUCCAAAUGAUCUCGAGAACCUCUUGCACGCCAAGUACUUGAACACCGUCGCCUGGGAGUUUUUCCACCAGGAUGUAUCAAACACUCAUGUGGAAUUGAUUCUCGUGCUUGCUUUUCAUGACACCACGAUUCGUGGCUCGUUCAAUACCUUGCAGUAUCUAUCGCUGGACGCAGACAAGUUCGGUCUUUUGAUCAAACGAGUCCUCCAGACAACACUCACUGGAGCUUUGAAUGAGCGAAUUGCUGACUUUGAAUACUUGACGUACUUGUUUCUUGCUUCGCUUUUGCAACACAAUCACAAACUUCUUCUAGAGCAUGAGCUCUUUGAGCAGUGGUUGCAAGGAGUGUUGGAUGGCUACACAGAUCACUUUUUGCAGCAAGAAAUUAAACAGGACAACGUCAGGACUGCCUGUGCCUUACUAUAUUUCUUGGCCAUUGCAAUUAAGAUGAGCAUACUGCCUAUUGUGGAGAGCACGAAGCUGCGAUGUUUCUUCUCUGGGUUUGUCAAGUGUGCUGAUCCUCAGGUGAACCUUCUUGUUAAGCAAAUUGUUGGCAGCCCAAGUCAUACACAGUUUACUUCUCUCCAGCGUAAAGCCAGAGAGUUGAGCGUGGAUUUUUUGUCAGAGUGCUUGCUGCCGUAUGAUCUUGACACUACAAUUCUACACGAGAAGCUAGAGGAUCUUGACCUUUCUGUGUUGCAAGAGCUCUCAAGAACAGCAGGAUACUCUGGAUCUAUAAGUGAUUCCGAAUUUCUUGCUCAAGUGGUGGUGCAAAACUGUGUACCUCAAGUCGGUCAUAAUAGCCAAAUUACCGAGACUGAGCUUUUCGAUACAUUCAACAAUUCUACAACACUCAGCCAGGCGGUUCCGACUCCGUGGCUUGUCUCAGAAGACUUGGACAGAUGGAGAUAUGAGACACUUGCAUCGCUCAAUCAGCAUCUUGUACUGUGCUUCCAAAGACUUGAUGUUCAAAAAGACGGUGUAAAGGGAGCCAGCAAAUACUAUACUAGUAUCGACAAAAUAGAGCACAAGGGAGCUGAUUGCCAAAUCCACCUUCAGACAAAGAAAAAUCUCAUUCGCCCAGGAAACCUCAUUGUUCUUGUCAAGGUGGACAAGCCUGACAAAUCUCAUCCAGCUACUAGAGUAAGAAAGUAUGGUAUUGUCAGGGCAAGAAUUGUCGAGGUUCUUGCUACCUCUACCAAAACACUUAGCAUUCACUUACCAGAAAAAGAUCCUCAGUACAAUGGCAUUUUGACCCUACCCUCGCAAGGCAAAGUAUCCAUUCUUUCUUCUAUGAAAACAAAUUCUUACAUUCGAUCAUUGGAAGGCCAGUUUACUAGUGGACGCUUCAGAAUUUGCAACGUCGAUGAAAGUGUCACUUCAUUCAAGAGAGAGGUUCAAAAUGACAGUAGUAGAGUAUUUGAGUAUAAGUCGUCUACGUUUGAAGUUACAAGUUCAGAGUCGGCGUUAUCGCCUGAACUGUCAAAGGCGCUACUCGAACUCUUGUCGUCAAAGGUAUCUCGCAUUCAAUAUGAGAAUCAUUCCGAUACAGAUGCCUUGGUGAAUGCAGCUCUUGAAGCGUUGGUUUCCGACCUGGCUCAGGAUAAUCUUGAGCGCUGUUUAAUUCUCUUGCCCACCCAGAAUCAUGUUCAGAGGUUCAAGAUCGAAGACCGUCUUCUGCAUCUUUGCCAUAGAGCAGGUGAUAUCGGCGGGGUUCAGAAUACCAUGAACAGUAUUCUUCAAGAAGUCCAAAUGUUAUCUGAGAAGCUUGAGUUGCAAGAAUACGAUUUUGGGACUUCGAUGAGAAAUGCAAUCAUCUUCUAUGAAACCCAUGUCGAACCCAGAUGGACAGAGUAUCUCAAGACGCUCAAGAAAACCAUAACUUCGGUUCGCAAGUAUCCAUUUCGAACUUUCUCGUUCGACAACGAUAUGUCCAUUGAAGGUGCAUUAGCAAGUGUAGUCGAACAUUUUACCGGUGUGAAGAGAACUUUCUCGCAGAUCCAGAGAAUGCUUCCUCUUGACAAAGCAGACUUUGAGAAUGAGCCCGAGGAAGUCGAGAGGCUUCUUUGCUCAACGUUUCCAAUUGUAUUGGCCUCUGUUGAUUCGCUUCAAUAUAUUGAGCGCAAUUUCAAAACGGUGAUAUCUUUCGUGGGAGUUGAAACAAACUCAGCGGUCUCAUCGAAUACCAACAGAACUGUCUAUUUCAGCAACAGCUUCAACGAUCUAGUACAGCCAGAUGCCUCUCUCACAGAAACUCACCAAAGGGCUGAAAUUCUACGAAUUCUAGGAAGGGAAGGUGGUAAAGAAAACCUCAGAUACAAUCCUGGCCUCAAAUAUACUUGUCAACAGAUUAAAAUCCCAGCUUCCGAUAAACAAGUCAAUGUGGCUGAAGGUACUUAUCUUGUAUCUUUGUACCAGUUCAUGAGGCUCAUAGGAUACCGCCACGAGGAUAUCACCAUAGUGGUGACAUCACCGUAUAUGAAGCUACUUGUGGAAGAGCUACUCGAAGACAAGAAGAUCGAGAAAGGCAGUGUUCCUAUAGACCUGUCCUCCUUUGCUUUUGGCUGGCCCUUAAUUCAGCUUGCUUCCCAGCCCCAAGUUUUGUCCAAGUACGUGCUCUUUUCUUGCCAUGGAGACAUGGGUUUUAAACAUACAGAAAUCGCCAUUUCCAGCGCCUCCCUUGGCUUCUACGCUUUUGGAAGCCAUUCUUCACCCUUUUACAUUAAAAUUGCUCCUUUGGAAAUUUUCACUGGCGCAAACUUGCAAGCUACCAUCGACGAUAGAGAAAAAGGCAGCUCUGCCUACGUUAUCGAAGGUUCUGAGCACAUGGCUGAAUAUGUGGAGCAGAUUACUGCUGCAAGACAGAAAGCAAUGGCAAAUUAG